AUGUGGGCUAUCGAGCUUAGUGAGCACGACAUUGGGUUCAAAAAUCGGACGGCGGCAAAAUCGCAUGUCCUCGCCGACUUCCUUAUCGAACUCGCGACAGAGCUGGAGCAAGACCUAAUCCUCCCAAGUCAAAACUGGAUUCUCCACGUCGACGGUUCGUCGACAAACAAAGGAUCGGGAGCAGGAGUCCAACUGCAGUCACCAACAGGUGAAUUAAUCAGACAGUCGUUCAGUUUCGGCUUCGCCGCUUCGAACAACGAGGCAGAAUACGAGUCGCUCAUCGCAGGAUUACGACUAGCCAAGGCAGUCAAGGCAAAACGGCUCAGUGCAUACUGCGACUCGCCGCUCGUCACCAGUCAGUUCAGUGGUGACUACAAUGCCCGCAAUGAACGAAUGGACGCCUACCUCAAAGUUCUCCAAACGCUCGCUAAGGACUUUGAGUUUUUCGAACUCACGAAAGUCCCUAGAGGGGAAUACGUGUGCGCCGACGCCCUCGCUGCCUUAGGCAGCAGACUACGAGAUCAAGUUAAACGAACCAUCCCGAUCCACAAGAUUAACAAACCGAGCAUCGAGCUGACGCCCGACGAAACGACUAUCGUAGCACCCGUAUCCGAAGCUGUUGCUAUGGAAGAGGACUCUGCGACAGAAGAAAUCGAAGCCCCCGACUGGAGAACAGAGUUCAUCGAUUACCUUGUUGAUGGAAAAUUACCCCUCGAGAAGUGGAUCCCGAGACGACUCAAAACACGAAGUGCCCACUACGCCGUCCUGGAUGGAGAACUCCACCGAUGGACCGCAACCAAAGUACUCUUGAAGGGCAUCCAUGGCGAAGAAACGGGUCUCGUCAUGGCCGAAACGCACGAAGGCGCCGCAGGAAAUAAUUCUGGAGGACGAGCACUCGCAUUAAAAGUCAAAAUCCUCGGCUUUUACUGGCCAACGAUGAACAUGGACUGCGAAGCAUACGCUCAACGAUGCGAUCAAUGUCAGCGACACGAUUCAACUAUCCAUUGCCCGACAGAGCUCUUGCGUACAAUGACGGCUCCGUACCCUUUCAUGCGAUGGGGAAUGUACAUAAUCGGGCUUAUGUCAUGCUCCCGACAGAAGCGUUUCGUCCUAGUCUUAACCGACUACUUCACAAAAUGGAUCGAGGUGGAAGCUUUCGCCAACAUAACAGAAAAAGAGGUCCAACGGUUCGUCUGGAAGAACAUCAUCUAUCGCUACGGCCUGCCUUACGAGAUAGUGACCGACAAUGGCUCCCAAUUCAUAUUGAACAAGUUUCGAGAAUUCUGCGAGAGGUGGAGGAUCCGCCUCAAUACAUCAAGCCCGAGAUACCCGCAGAGUAAUGGUCAAGCCGAGGCGUCCAACAAGAUAAUAAUUGACGGACUGAAGAAACGCCUUGACUUGAAAAGGGAUGAUGUGCCGAUGAACUCGACGGCGUCCUAUGGUCGCACAGAACGACUCCUCGAGGAGCGACUAAGUCAAUUCCCUUCUCGAUGGCCCACAGAGUCAAGGCUAUGGCUCUCGCAGAAGUGA